GUGGAUGCUUGGUUCACGGGGUCUCAAGACAUGCACGGAGUAUGCGAUUUUAAAUGCCAACUAUUUAAAGAAGCGUCUUGACGGCCACUGCCCAGUUCUCUUUCUAGGGGAAAACGAUUUCUGUGCUCACGAGUUUAUCAUAGAUUUAAGACCAUUUAAAAAAACAGCACAAAUUGAAGCAGAAGAUGUGGCGAAACGACUUAUGGAUUAUGGCCUUCACUCACCUACCCUGGCAUUUCCUGUUGCGGGAACACUCAUGAUUGAAGCCACAGAGUCAGAGCCAAAGCGGGAGUUGGAUUGUUUGGCCGAUGCACUUAUUUCCAUUCGUACCGAAAUUGCAUCCAUAGAGGAGGGUGAACAGAGCACAACGAACAACGUUCUUAAGAAUGCCCCGCACACGGCAAAGUGUGUCACAUCAGAUGAUUGGGACAGGCCAUACACCCGGAAAACUGCUGCAUUCCCUUCGAGCCAUUCACACACCGAAAAGUUUUGGCCUUCAGUUGGCCGCAUCGAUGGAAGCUAUGGGGACAGAAACUUGAUGUGCAGUUGUGCAUUGACUAAUUUUUGUGAGUAA